CCCGACAUACCUAGCCAGUAAACUAGCUAGCUAGCUAGCUAGCAUGAUAGAUAGAUGUUUUGGGUUUUGCUAGAAAAAUCAAAAUUACCAAGAUAUAGUUCUUCUUGAAUAUUGCAAGCUUCCAUGGAGACACCAGAACAAGGCCCAGCAGAUGGAGAGGAGCGACUGGUGGAGUUGAGGCCACGGACUCGCUCCAAUCCAGAGGGGGCGGAGGACCGCCGCAGUAGCAGCGGCAGCAUCACCAACAGCACACCCCAGCCUGCAGUGGGCAGCCGCAGCGAGGGUGAAGGGGAGGCCUCCUGCAGCGAUAGUCCUCCUAGCUCCACCACCACCACUUCCACCACUGUCACUGCCACCUCUGCUGCUGCCGCCACUGCCCCAGCCACAGUCCCCACUCCCACCUCUGCUGCCAAAGACAGGCCGAAGCCUGCCCAGCCUCAAGCACCCCCCAUGCCCCCCACUGCAGAUUUCCAGCUGAGAGCACCCCGGGUCAACUGUCCAGAGAAAGUGAUCAUCUGUCUGGACCUGUCAGAAGAGAUGUCCCUGCAGAAGUUGGAGUCCUUCAAUGGGUCCAAAACGAAUGCACUGAACAUCUCACAGAAGAUGAUUGAGAUGUUUGUGAGGACAAAGCACAAGAUUGACAAACGUCAUGAAUUUGCCUUGGUGGUGGUGAAUGAUGAUGCUCUGUGGCUGUCCGGCUUCACCUCUGACCCCAGGGAGCUGUGCAGCUGCCUGUACGAUCUGGAGACGAAUGUCUGCGAAUCCUUCAAUCUUGAAGACCUUCUGAAUGUUAUCCUGCAGAAAAUUGAGCUGCCACUCAUGGAGAAUAUUCAGACCAUUCCCCCUCCAUUUGUGGUACGGACUCUCCUCAUCUACAGCCGCCAUGCGGGUCAGCUACAGUUCAACCCCUCAGAGGCUGUUAGUAAGAUGCUGCAGUCACCGUAUUUUUUCUUUGAUGUGGUUUACUUGCACAAUGGUGCUGAGGAGCAAGGGGACGAGAGCAGCUGGAAGGACAUAUAUGCCUCAUUCUCUGACUUGGACUCGAAAGGCAUGUGCUACCGGUUCGAGGUGUCAUUGUGCGGUCCUGCCAUCGAGCUGCACAACUGUAUGGCCAAGCUUCUCUCACACCCCCUACAGAGGCCUUUUCAAAGCCACGCCUCCUACAGCCUGCUGGAAGGGGAGGAGCCUCAGGAGGUAGAGGCCACUGUCUGAUUGCCCCUGAGGCAUGUGGACAGAGGAACAGAGGACCGCUGAAGGUGGCAUUUCCUCAGGCCAUGGGCCUCCCUGUGUAUAGUGAAAUCUAUGGAAAUAGGAUGACCUGUUCCUGAGUGACUGGCCCAUGGAAAGCUUGAUAAGCAAAUGUGUCACUAAUUGUUUGAAGUGGUACAGAUUGUCCUGUUUGUGGCUGGGCAUCUGUACAUUUCUGAAAGGUGCAGUAGGUCCACUAAAUGAGAGUCAGUGAAAAUUGUAUUCUCCAUAUCCAUUCUAUUAGGUAAGCUUUGUGGGAGAAGCUAUUUAAAAAUUUCAUUUUCCUGGUUGAUGUAAUAUAAUUUUUUAAAAGACGGGUGUUUUAAAUUGAUUAUUUUUCAUUUUGAUCAUCUUUUUUCGCUCUUGACUAAGCAAGAGAAAUGUGGGUUAGGACUGGAUAGUUUGUCACUCAUUUUUCAAAAUGAUUGAAAAGGGAAGAAUUCUAACCAUGUGAAAUGGUGGGUAGGACUUACUGAAUUUUCAG